UCAGACCCGCGCCAGCGCCCGCCGCCGUCGCACGGAUCGGGACCAGGGGCCGGAUCCGGCUCGGGAUCAGGACUCACUGGCGCCGGUCUCUGCGCGUUUAAAUCCGUGGGCCACAGCCAGGCACUCGUCCCUGCCUUUUAUUUGCAUCGCCCAGCCCAUCCUUGCCUUUAUCUGCACAGGCCACUCAUCAGCAUCUGACUCUCCCAGUUUGACAUCUCCGCCUUAUGGCUCCACCCUCUGCUUAGUCCGCCCGUCCUUCAUUUGCAUAGCCCCACCUCCGUCCCGCAGUCCUGUUCCUUUAUUAGCAUAACCCCGCCUCCCCUCGACACCCCCAAUCCCUUUCCUUGCCUCUCUCCCAUCUCCAGUCCAUUCUUUUAUUUUGCAUAACUCCGCCUCCAAGCCCACCCUCCCACUCCUUUCUCCGCCUCUCAUCCAUUAUUUGCAUAACCCCACCUCCCCCUCACCCCGCCUCCUGUCUCAUCCAGUUAUUUGCAUAAGCCUGCUCACGAUCCAUUCUUCCACCCUUCCCGCUUGGGGAAUCACUCCGCUUCCCCCCCCGCUCUCCCCAUUGUUUGCAUAAUCCCGCCCCUUACCUCCCAGGCCCCGCCCCCUCAUUUUAAAACAUGAGCGGCGCUACUGGGCGCUCCGCUACAGCGGGUUCGAAUCCGGGUGGGAGCUCGUCGGGGACCGCGACCGGGGCAGCGGGGCCGGAUCCCGAGAUGCCAGCGACUGAGAAGGACCUGGCGGAGGACGCGCCGUGGAAGAAGAUCCAGGAAAACACGUUCACACGGUGGUGCAACGAGCACCUCAAAUGCGUGCAGAAGCGGGUGGCUAGCCUGCAGGCUGACCUGGCAGACGGGCUGCGGCUCAUCGCCCUGCUCGAGGUGCUGAGCCAGAAGCCCAUGGGCCGCAAGUACCACGCCCGGCCCACCUUCCGCCAGAUGCAGCUGGAGAACGUCUCCGUGGCCCUCGAGUUCCUCGAGCGCGAGAACAUCAAGCUCGUCUCCAUUGACAGCAAAGCCAUUGUGGAUGGGAACCUGAAGCUGAUCCUGGGGCUCAUUUGGACACUGAUCCUGCACUACUCCAUCUCCAUGCCCAUGUGGGAUGAGGAUGAGGAUGAGGAGGCCAAGAAGCAGACGCCUAAGCAGCGGCUCCUGGGCUGGAUCCAGAACAAGCUGCCACAGCUCCCAGUCACCAAUUUCAGCCGUGACUGGCAGAGUGGCCGUGCCCUUGGUGCCCUGGUUGACAGCUGUGCCCCUGGCCUGUGCCCUGACUGGGAUUCAUGGGACCCCACCAAACCCGUGGAUAACGCACGCGAGGCCAUGCAGCAGGCUGACGACUGGCUUGGAAUCCCCCAGGUGAUCACCCCUGAGGAGAUUGUGGAUCCCAACGUGGACGAGCACUCAGUUAUGACCUACCUGUCACAGUUCCCCAAGGCCAAACUCAAGCCAGGCGCCCCCCUGCGUCCCAAGCUCAACCCCAAGAAAGCUCGAGCCUAUGGCCCCGGCAUUGAGCCAACAGGGAACAUGGUGAAGAAAAAGGCUGAGUUCACAGUGGAGACAAUCAGUGCAGGACAGGGAGAUGUCCUAGUCUAUGUGGAUGACCCAGCUGGGCACCGUGAGGAGGCUAAAGUCAUUGCCAACAACGACAAAAAUAGAACCUUCUCAGUCUGGUACAUCCCAAAGGUUACAGGCAUCCACAAGGUGACAGUGCUGUUUGCAGGGCAGCACAUCGCCAAGAGCCCCUUUGAGGUGGGGGUGGGGAAAGCACCAGGGGACCCCUCCAGAGUAACAGCCCAGGGCCCCGGGCUGGAGCCCCAGGGCAACACAGUCCAGCGACCCACCUGGUUCGACAUCUGCACUGCUGGGGCGGGUGCCGGGGAGGUUGAGGUGCAGUUGCUGGACCCUGCUGGGCGCCAGGUGGAAGUGCAGCUGGAACCUCGUGGUGAUGCCACCCAGCACUACAGCUACCGGCCCGUGACUGAGGGGCCUCACAGUGUCCAUGUGUCCUUUGCUGGUGCCCCCCUGCCCCGGAGCCCCUUCCCUGUGAACGUUGGCCCAGCCUGCAACCCAGGGGCCUGUCGUGCUGUGGGCCGGGGGCUACAGGCCAAGGGGCUUCGGGUGAAGGAGCCAGCCGAGUUCAAAGUUUUCACCAAGGGCGCUGGCUCUGGAGAGCUCAAGGUCACCGUCAAGGGCCCCAAGGGGCUGGAGCCGGUGAAGGUGCGGGACAUGGGAGAUGGGGUCUUUUGCUGCGAGUACGUGCCCCCUAUGCCUGGUGCCUACAGCAUCACCAUUACAUGGGGGGGGCAACCUGUGCCCCACAGCCCAUUUGAGGUGGGGGUGUCGCCAGCCUGCGGCCCUCAGAAGGUGCGGGCCUGGGGUCCUGGGCUGGAGUGGGGAGUUGCCGGGCGCUCGGCUGACUUCGUGGUAGAGGCCAUUGGCGACGAUGUUGGCACCCUCGGCUUCUCAGUGGAGGGGCCAUCACAGGCCAAGAUAGAGUGUGACGACCGGGGUGAUGGGUCAUGUGAUGUGCGGUACUGGCCGCAGGAGCCAGGCGCCUACGCUGUGCAUGUGCUAUGCAACAACGAGGACAUCCGGCACAGCCCCUUCAUGGCUGACAUCCGCCCUCAGCCCUCUGACUUCCACCCAGACAAGGUGAAGGCCCAUGGGCCAGGGCUGGAGAAGACAGGGGUGCCUGUGAACAAGCCAGCAGAGUUCACUGUGGAUGCCCGGAGUGGGGGCAAAGCCCCUCUCAAGGUGCAGAUGCAGGAUGCAGAGGGGUCCUCAGUGGAGGUGUCGGUGAAAGACAAUGGCAAUGGGAUCUACAGUUGCUCCUAUGUGCCUAAGAAGCCAGUGAAACACACGGCCAUGGUAUCCUGGGGUGGCGUAAACAUCCCCAGCAGCCCCUUCCGUGUGAAUGUGGGGGCUGGGAGCCAUCCCCACAAGGUCAAAGUCUAUGGACCUGGUGUGGCCAAGACCGGUCUAAAAGCCAAUGAGCCCACAUACUUCACUGUGGACUGUGCUGAGGCUGGGCAGGGUGAUGUGAGUAUCGGGAUCAAGUGUGCACCAGGCGUGGUGGGCCCAGCUGAGGCGGACGUCGACUUUGACAUCAUUCGCAACCCCAAUGACACAUUCACAGUCAAGUACACACCCCGUGGCCCCGGCACCUACACCAUCAUGGUCCUCUUUGCUGACCAGGCAACUCCCACCAGCCCCAUCCGCAUCAAGGUGGACGCAUCCCAUGAUGCCAGUAAGGUCAAGGCUGAGGGGCCGGGGCUGAGCCGCACCGGUGUGGAGCUGGGCAAGCCAACGCACUUCACGGUGAAUGCCAAGGGGGGCCGGGCCCCCCUGGAUGUGCAGGUGACAGGGCCAGGCAAGGGUGAGGCUGCCAAGGACUUGGAGGUUGUUGACAACCAUGAUGGGACUCACACAGUCAAGUACACACCGGUGCAGCAGGGUAACCUGGGGGUGAGCGUGACCUACGGUGGCGACCACAUCUCCAAGAGUCCCUUCUCUGUGGCUGUUGCCCCCACCCUCGACCUUGGCAAAAUCAAGAUCUCAGGCCUGGAAGACAAGAUGGAGGUAGGCAAGGAGCAGGAGUUCAUGGUGAAGGCGAAGGGUGCUGGAGGCCAGGGCAAGGUUGGAGCCAAGGUUGCAGGCCCCGGGGGCAAGGUUGUGCCCUGUCGUGUGGAGCCUGGGCUGGGUACCGAGAGCUCAGUAGUGCGCUUCACCCCCCGCGAUGAAGGCCCACACGAGCUGGAGGUCACCUAUGAUGGCACCCCUGUGCCUGGCAGCCCCUUCCCUGUUGAGGCUCUGCCCCCCACCAACCCUGCCAAGGUACGUGCCUUCGGUUCAGGCUUGGCAGCUGGUGUGGCAGGCCACCCAGCACCCUUCACCAUAGACACAACGGGUGCAGGCCCUGGGGCACUGGGGCUGACAGUGGAGGGCCCUGGCGAGGCAGCACUGGAGUGCCAGGACCAUGGCGACGGCACUUGCGCUGUGACCUAUGUGCCAGCUGCACCUGGUGACUACGCUGUCAACAUCCUCUUUGCUGGCACCCAUGUGCCUGGCUCCCCCUUUCAUGCUGCCAUAGCCCCCGAGGCCCCCACCACAGCCCCUGCUGAGGCUGAAGCCCCCCCCACUGCUGGCUUUGAUGCCUCCAAGGUGACAUGCUCAGGACCUGGGCUGCGGCGGGCAGUGGCAGGGCAGCCAGGCCAUUUCCGCGUGGACUGUUCACGGGCUGGCACAGCUGAGCUUACCAUUGAGAUAGAGUCGGCUGGCGGUGCCCGGGCCGAGGUGCGGGUGGAUGACGCAGGUGAUGGCACCUACACCAUUGCCUAUGCUCCGCUGAGGCCUGGCACCUACACCGUCACAAUUAAAUAUGGUGGUCAGCCUGUGCCCAGCUUCCCCUGCACCCUGUUGGUGGAGCCGGAGCCGGGCCAUAGUCCUGUCGUCUACGGGCCUGGCAUCGAGGGCACUGGUGUAUUCCGUGAGGCAACAACAGAGUUCACAGUGGAUGCGAGGGGCCUGCGCUCAACUGGUGGUUCACACGUGCAGACACGUGUGUCCAACCCCUCAGGCAGCCUCACCGAGGCUUUUGUCCAUGAUCAGGGCAAUGGCACCUACCGUGUAGAAUAUACACCUUAUGAGGAGGGGCUGCACUCAGUGGAGGUGUCAUAUGAGGGGAGCCCGGUACCCAACAGCCCCUUCCAGGUGCCUGUGACUGAGGGCUGCGAUCCAGCACGUGUGCGUGUGCAUGGCCCUGGCCUGCAGAGUGGCACCACCAACCAGCCCAACAAGUUCACUGUUGAAACAAGGGGAGCGGGCACGGGAGGCUUGGGGCUGGCAGUGGAGGGGCCAUCAGAGGCCAAGAUGUCCUGUACCGACAACAAAGAUGGCAGCUGCUCUGUGGAGUACGUGCCUUAUGAGCCUGGAACCUACAGCCUCAAUGUCACAUAUGGUGGCUGCCAGGUCCCCGGGAGCCCAUUCCAGGUGCCAGUGCGGGCAGGGGCAGGAGGGACUGUGGAUGCCUCCAAGGUGGGGGUGUCGGGGCUUGGGUUGAGCCCCGGUGCUGUCCGUGCCAACGUGCCCCAGAGCUUCACUGUGGACACGCGCCAGGCUGGCAGUGCCCCCCUUGCCGUCACUGUGCAGGGGCCUAAAGGUGUGGUGGAGCCUGUGCAGGUAGCAGAAGAGGCGGAUGGAACACAGCGUGUGAGUUAUAUUCCCUCACGUGAGGGACCCUACAGCAUCUCCGUGCGCUAUGGUGACCAGGAUGUGCCCCGCAGCCCAUUCAAGGUCAAGGUGCUGCCAACCCAUGAUGCCAGCAAGGUGCGAGCCAGUGGUCCUGGGCUCAACACAACAGGGGUUCCAGCCAGCUUGCCUGUGGCAUUUACAAUUGACGCCAAGGAUGCCGGUGAAGGGCUGCUUGCUGUGCAGAUUACGGAUCCUGAGGGGAAGCCAAAGAAGGCAUCAAUCCGGGACAAUGGAGAUGGGACCUACACAGUGUCAUACGUGCCCGACACGGCUGGGCGCUACACCAUCCUUAUCACCUAUGGCGGCGACCAGAUCCCCUACUCACCCUACCGCAUCCGUGCCCUGCCCACUGGCGAUGCCAGCAAAUGCACUGUCACUGUCUCCAUCGGAGGUCAUGGGCUAGGUGCAGGUGUGGGGCCAACAAUCCAGCUUGGCGAGCAGACAGUGAUCACAGUGGAUGCCAAGGCAGCUGGCAAAGGCAAGGUGACAUGUGCAGUCUCCACGCCUGAUGGGGCAGAGGCCGACGUGGACGUGGUGGAGAACCCAGAUGGCACCUUUGACAUCUUCUACACGGCACCACAGCCCGGCAAGUACCUCAUCUGUGUGCGCUUUGGUGGCCAGCACAUACCCAACAGUCCUUUCCAGGUCAUGGCCACGGAGCAGCCUCUGAUGGGUGUUAAUGGGCUGGAUGUGGCUGGGCUGCGCCCCUUCGACCUCGUCAUCCCUUUCACUGUCAAGAAGGGCGAGAUCACAGGCGAGGUGCGGAUGCCAUCAGGGAAGGUGGCAGCGCCCGAUAUCGCAGAUAACAAAGAUGGUACAGUGACAGUUCGCUAUGCGCCCACUGAGGCUGGCCUGCAUGACAUGCAUAUCCGUUGUGACAGUGUCCACAUCCCAGGCAGCCCACUGCAGUUCUACGUGGACUACGUGAACAGCGGCCACGUCACGGCCUACGGCCCUGGCCUCAGCCACGGUGUUGUCAACAAGCCAGCUGCCUUCACUGUCAGCACCAAGGACGCUGGCGAGGGGGGCCUGUCACUGGCAGUGGAGGGCCCAUCCAAAGCAGAGUUGAGCUGCACAGACAACCAGGAUGGCACCUGCAGCGUCUCCUACCUGCCCGUGCUGCCUGGCAACUAUGGUAUCAUUGUCAAGUACAAUGAGGAGCACAUCCCUGGCAGCCCUUUCACUGCCCGCAUCACUGGGGACGACUCUCUGCGCCUGUCGCACCUUAAGGUGGGCUCUGCUGCCGACAUCCCACUGGACAUCGCCGAGACUGAUCUGAGUCAGCUCACAGCCACUGUCACCGCUCCCUGUGGUCGCGAAGAGCCCUGCCAGCUCAAGCACCUGCGCAACGGCCAUGUUGGGAUCUCAUUCGUGCCACGGGAAGCAGGGGAACACCUGGUAACAGUUCGGCGCCAGGGGCAGCACGUGCCUGGAAGCCCCUUCCCUGUGUGUAUCAGCCAGGCUGAGAUUGGUGAUGCUGCCCGUGUACGUGUGGCUGGGCCGGGGCUGCGCGAAGGUCACACCUGCCAGCCGGCUGCCUUUGUCAUCGACACCCGUGACGCUGGCUAUGGGGGCCUGAGCUUGUCCAUCGAGGGCCCUAGCAAGGUCGACAUCAACACGGAGGAGCUGGAGGAUGGGACCUGCCGCGUCACGUACUGCCCCACAGAGCCAGGCAGCUAUCUCGUAUCUGUCAAGUUCGCUGACCAGCAUGUGCCAGGGAGCCCUUUCUCUGUGAAGGUGACAGGUGAGGGGCGCCUCAAGGAGAGCAUCACAAGGAGGCAACGGGCCCCUCCAGUGGCCAAUGUGGGCAGCACCUGCGACCUCAACCUCAAGAUUCCUGAGAUCAGCCAGCAGGAGCUGUCGGCACAGGUGACAGGGCCAUCGGGGGCUGUGCUGGCAGCCGAGGUGUUGGAGCCAGAGCGUGACGUGUUUUGUGUCCGCUUCGUGCCGCGUGAGACCGGUGUCCACUCCGUCAGCGUCAAGUACAAGGGGCAGCACGUGCCUGGCAGCCCCUUCCAGUUCACUGUUGGGCCCCUGGGUGAGGGCGGUGCUCACAAGGUGCGAGCUGGUGGUGCUGGCCUUGAGCGAGCCGAGACAGGCGUGCCAGCGGAGUUCAGCGUGUGGACACGCGAGGCGGGUGCAGGGGGCCUGUCCAUUGCAGUUGAAGGGCCCAGCAAGGCCGAGAUUGCCCUGGAGGACCGACGUGAUGGCUCAUGUGGUGUCUCCUAUGUCGUGCAAGAGCCUGGUGAUUACGAGGUGUCGGUGAAGUUCAAUGAGGAGCACGUCCCUGACAGCCCAUGGGUGGUGCGGGCGGCAGCCGCCUGCCUAGAUGCACGGCUCCUGGCUGUCUCUAGCCUUCAGGAGUCGGGCCUGAAGGCCCACCAGCCCGCUUCCUUUGCAGUCAGCCUCAACGGGGCCCGCGGUGCACUUCAGGCCCAGGUGCAUGGCCCCUCAGGUGCCCUUGAGGAGUGUCAUGUCACUGAGAUUGACCAAGACAAGUACGCAGUGCGCUUCAUCCCGAGGGAGAACGGCGUCUACUCCAUUGAUGUCACCUUCAAUGGUGCCCACAUUCCUGGCAGCCCCUUCAAGAUGCGUGUUGGGGAGCCUGGGCAGGCUGGAGACCCUGGGCUUGUCACUGCCUAUGGCCCUGGCCUCGAGGGCGGUGUCACCGGGAGCCCAGCAGAGUUCGUGGUGAACACGGCAGGGGCAGGACCAGGCACACUGGCAGUGACAGUGGAUGGCCCAUCCAAGGUGCAGCUGGAGGUGCGUGAGGCAGCCGAGGGCUACCGUGUAGCCUACACACCCCUGGCACCAGGCAGCUACCUCAUCUCCAUCAAGUAUGGCGGCCCCCACCACAUUGCCGGCAGCCCCUUCAAAGCCAAGAUCACCGGCCCACGCCUUGUGAGCUCGCCUAGUACCCGAGAGUCAUCGUCGGUGCUGGUGGAGGCUGGGGGCCGGGCGGAGGGGAGUAGGGGGCCUUCCACUGCUCCCCCCACCCUUGCUGCCCCCCCCUCCGCCCCUGCCUCUGACGCUAGCAAGGUGGUGGCCAAGGGGCUGGGGCUGAGCAAGGCCUUUGUGGGCCAGAAGAACUCUUUCACUGUGGACUGCAGCAAGGCUGGGUCGAAUAUGUUGCUGGUCGGGGUGCAGGGCCCACGGACCCCAUGUGAGGAAGUAGUGGUGAAACAUCUGGGCAACCGGCUAUACAGUGUUGCCUACCUGCUGCGUGAGCGUGGUGAUCACAUUCUUGUGCUCAAGUGGGGUGACCAGCACACACCUGGCAGCCCUUUCCGUGUCACUGUGCCCUGAGUAGGCAUGCCCUGGAUGCCUGGGUCCCCUUCCCAGCAGCUCCUUCCCUGUCACCAUGUCCUGAGACCCACCCUGGCCUUGGGCUCCCUUCCCAACAGCCCCUACUAUGUCCCUGUGCCUGGAGAACAACCCCCCUUAAUGCCUAGGUCCUCUCCAGUUCAGCCCAGCCCCCCCCAAACCUGGGUCCUCCCAGCCCUGCCCCCCCAUAUCACUAUUUGCUUCUUCCCUGCCCCACUCCCUUCAUGAUUUCAGAACCACUGCGGGGAGCCUGCAACAGCUUGAGCCCCUGGACCCUGCACCUGACCUGUUUGGAACUUUCCUGCUUUUUUCCUGUGGGUUCAAACUUCCAGUUUUUUUUGUAACAAAGCUGGGGGGGCAUAGAAUAAAGACUCAUUCUGCUGCAGAA